GACGAAAGUGGGAAAGAAGAGCGAAGGGAGUGUAUCUCUUGUGGGCGUGGCGUUUGGAGACGGUGGGCGUGGCCUGAGGGGAAGAAGGAGAAGGAAGGAAGCGAAGGAAGGAAGGAUGCGCUGCUGGAACUUGGGGCCUUUGCUGCUCUGAGGCUGAAGGGCCUGAGAUCGAGAGAGAGCGAGAGAGAAGGGGCUGCCCUUCGCCUUCUUCCCCCAGAGACGCCCCUAUAGCCUCCCCUCUGUGGGCCCCAGCUCCAGGAGAGGCUCCUCAGGGUCUCCAUCUUGGGCUCAGCAUAGGCUUCUGCUGCUGCUCUAGUUGCCAUUAAGGAAAGGAAAGGGAGGGGAGUGGGAACCCCUCAGAAACAGACCCCUUGAAUAAAGCCCCUCUUUCAAAGGGGCUCCUCCGUUUUAGGCUUCUCUUAGACCUCCCUCUUCUCUAGUUAUCAUCAAAAAGGGGAGGAAGGGGGUAUAUUGCAACAUUUUGGACCCAUUUUCCAGCUCCUAUUAACUGGAGGGUGCAGAAGAAAAAGGGGAGGGUAGCUGGAGCCCCCCAAAAUACCUGCCCCUUUCGCCCCUUUUUAGGACCCUGUUUCAAGAGAGGGUCCCCCAGGCUUUCCAUUUUAGGCUUAUUUUAGACUACUUCUUCUCUACUUAUCAUUUUAAAAAGGGGGAAAGGGUUCAUAUUGUACCAUUUUGAACCCACUUUCUGUCUCUUGCAAAUGGAUUUAGGCAGAGGAGGGUGGGAGAAGGCCAGGUUAUAGUGGGAGCCCCUCCGAAAAACAGCCCUCCUUGAAAGCCCCUGUUUCAAGGGAGGCUCCUCAGGCUCUGGAUGUUUAGGUUUUCUGACUCCUGUGAACCAAUGGGUUUCUGAGGGACGAAGAAGAAGGGGAGAGGGAUUUUAGAUAGUGUGAGAUAUAUACAUAUAUAUAUACACACACACACACACACAAUGGAGGAAGAAGGCCCUCCUAGGAAACUACCUCUUGGACAAUGACAUGAGCUGAGAGAGGGGGAAAAUCAAGCCAGAAAGGAAAAGGAUCCCAGACAACCUCCCAAGCCACCAUGGCAUCUGAAGAGGCUUCGCUGCGAGCUUUGGAGAGCCUGAUGACAGAGUUUUUCCACAAUUGCACUACUAACGAAAGGAAGCGUGAGAUCGAGGAACUCCUAAACAACUUUGCCCAGCAAAUCGGCGCUUGGAGAUUCUGUCUUUAUUUCCUUUCAAGCACGAGAAAUGACUAUGUAAUGAUGUACAGUUUGACGGUGUUUGAGAACCUGAUUAACAAGAUGUGGCUUGGAGUCCCAUCUCAAGAUAAAAUGGAGAUUCGCAGCUGCCUGCCCAAGCUUCUUUUGGCUCACCAUAAAACUCUGCCUUACUUCAUCAGGAACAAACUUUGCAAAGUCAUUGUGGAUAUUGGCAGGCAAGACUGGCCAAUGUUCUACCAUGACUUCUUUACAAAUAUUUUACAGUUGAUCCAGUCUCCUGUGACAACUCCGCUUGGGCUGAUUAUGCUGAAGACGACAUCUGAAGAGUUGGCAUGUCCACGGGAGGACCUCAGCAUCGCACGGAAAGAGGAGCUACGCAAAUUGCUCCUGGACCAGGUCCAGACUGUCCUGGGGCUUCUUACAGGUAUUUUGGAAAGCAUCUGGGAUAAAUACAGUGUCACUGCUGCCACUCCACCACCAUCUCCAACUUCAGGAGAAAGUGGUGACCUUUUAAGUAGCCUGUUGCAAAGCCCUAGUGCAGCCAAAUUAUUGAAUCAGCCAAUCCCUGUCCUCGACACAGAGAGUGAAUAUAUCUGUUCCCUGGCAUUAGAGUGCCUAGCUCACCUUUUCAGCUGGAUCCCUUUAUCUACAAGCAUCACCCCUUCUCUCCUUACUACUAUAUUCCAUUUUGCCCGCUUUGGCUGUGACACUCGGGCCAGGAAGAUGUCCUGCAUCAAUGGGAGCAGCCAGAACUCUGCCUUGAGUCAAGAACGUGGCCGACUUGGGGUGCUUGCCAUGUCUUGCAUCAACGAACUGAUGUCAAAGAACUGUGUGCCUGUGGAGUUUGAGGAGUAUUUGCUGCGGAUGUUCCAGCAGACAUUCUACCUCCUACAGAAGAUCACCAAGGAGAAUAAUGCCCAUACGGUGAAGAGUCGGCUAGAUGAACUGGAUGAGAGUUACAUAGAAAAGUUUACUGAUUUCCUGCGCCUGUUUGUGAGUGUCCACUUGAGGAGGAUUGAAUCCUAUUCUGAGUUCCCUGUGGUCGAAUUCCUUUCACUGUUGUUCAAGUACACAUUUCAUCAGCCUACCCAUGAAGGUUACUUUUCCUGCUUAGACAUCUGUACUCUCUUCUUGGACUACUUGACAAGUAAAAUAAAGAGUCGUCUAGCAGAUAAAGAAGCAGUUCUCAACAGGUACGAAGAUGCCCUAGUUCUCUUGCUGACAGAGGUGUUGAAUCGAAUACAGUUCAGGUACAACCAAGCCCAGUUGGAAGAACUGGAUGAUGAGGCGCUGGAUGAUGAUCAACAGACAGAGUGGCAACGGUACUUACGCCAGAGUUUAGAAGUAGUAGCCAAAGUUAUGGAGCUUCUGCCAACACAUGCCUUCUCUACACUGUUUCCAGUUCUCCAGGACAAUUUGGAUGUGUAUCUGGGACUCCAGCAGUUCAUAAUCUCUUCAGGGUCAGGUCACAGACUGAACAUCACUGCAGAGAAUGACUGCCGGCGCUUGCACUGCUCUCUGCGAGACCUCAGCUCCUUGCUCCAGGCUGUUGGCCGAUUAGCUGAGUACUUCACUGGAGAUAUGUUUGCUGCCCGGUUCAGUGAUGCUCAUACUGUAGUGGAGAGAUUGGUCAAAGUGACAUUGUAUGGGUCCCAAAUUAAACUCUACAAUAUUGAAACUGCUGUGCCAUCUGUCCUGAAACCUGACCUUAUUGACGUGCAUGCGCAAUCCCUGGCAGCCCUGCAAGCUUACUGUCACUGGCUAGCACAGUUCUACGGUGAGGUCCAUCGACAAAACCCAACGCAGUUCAUCUCACUUGUCUCCACUGCUCUGGAAGCAAUUACUCCACUUAUCAGUUCUAAAGUACAAGAGAAGUUAUUGUUGUCCGCCUGCCACUUGCUUGUUUCCUUAGCCACAACAGUACGGCCUGUCUUUCUGAUUAGCAUUCCAGCUGUGCAGAAAAUGUUCAAUAGGAUCAUAGAUACCUCUUCUCAGCGCCUUCCUGACAAGGCUCAGAUACUCGUGUGCAGAGCGCUCUCAAAUAUUCUGCUGCUACCGUGGCCAAACCUUCCAGAGAGCGAACAGCAGUGGGCCAUUCGCUCAACUAACCAUGCCAGCCUAAUAACAGCUCUCACCAGAGAUUACCGCAGCCUGAAAUCCAGUGCCAUCAUGCCCCAGAGGAAAACACAGCAGGAUGAUACUAAGAUUGUUAUCCAUCAGACACUAAGUGUCUUGGAAGAUAUUGUGGAGAGCAUCUCUGGGGAAGCCACCAAGUCCCGCCAGAUCUGUUACCAGUCACUGCAGGAGUCUGUCCAAGUCUCAUUAGCACUUUUUCCAGCUUUCAUUCAUCAAUCAGAUGUGACAGAUGAAAUGCUGAGCUUUUUCCUCACCCUCUUUCAAGGACUGAGGGUGCAGAUGGGUGUACCCUUUACUGAGCAGGUCAUACAGACAUUCCUCAACAUGUUCACCAGAGAACAACUGGCAGAAAGUAUCCUCCAUGAUGGCUGUACUGGCUGCCGAGUGGUUGAGAAAUUUCUGAAGAUACUUCAGGUGGUUGUGCAAGAGCCAGGCCAAGUAUUCAAACCGUUCCUACCCAACAUCAUCUCACUCUGCAUGGAACAAGUCUACCCAAUUGUUGCUGAGCGCUCUUCUCCUGAUGUGAAAACAGAACUGUUUGAGUUGCUUUUCCGGGUCCUUCAUCACAACUGGCGCUACUUCUUCAAGUCCAGCGUCCUUGCCAGUGUCCAGAGGGGGAUAGCUGAUGAGCAGAUGGAGAACGACGGACAGUUCAGUGCCAUUAUGCAGGCAUUUGGUCAGUCCUUCCUGCAACCUGACAUACAUUUAUUUAAGCAGAACUUGUUCUACUUGGAAACUCUGAACACAAAGCAGAAGCUGUACCACAAGAAAAUCUUCCGGACAUCCAUGCUCUUUCAGUUUGUGAAUGUGUUGCUUCAGGUACUGGUCCAUAAAUCGCAUGACCUCCUGCAAGAGGAAAUUGGAAUUGCCAUCUACAACAUGGCCUCCGUGGACUUUGAUAGCUUCUAUUCAGGUUUUCUCCCAGAGUUCUUAGCCAGCUGUGACGGUAUAGACACCAACCAGAAAAGUGUACUUGGAAGGAACUUCAAAAUGGACAGGGACCUGCCAUCAUUUACGCAGAAUGUGCACAGGCUGGUCAACGACCUGCGCUACUACAGACUCUGCAAUGACAGUUUGCCUCCUGGGACUGUGAAGCUAUAGUCCAUGGCACUGGACUCAGUUUGAAUCGCUGUAAAGAGCCGAUGUGUACUCCUUGUGUUGCCACUGCCUCUGCUCCCCAAUCUCAUGAGGCCUGCAGAGCGCAGCAUCUCUCAUGUGGGCCGCACAUGGGAGUGGCACGCCUCACCCCUUCCACAUUCCCUUUCCAACUCAUCCUUGCAGCUGAGUUGGCAGUUCUGUGACCUGCAGGGUGUCUUAAGGCCGACUGUGGGCCAUUUCGCUAGCUGGGUGUUUUUGUCUUAAUACCGUGGCGUUCAGUUGCGUCUGCAGGUUUUGGUGACUGGUCUUGUGCAUCAAUCAUGAGGCAGAAACGCCAAAGACUACUUCCCACCUCACAUCAUUCCACCUGCCUUUCUCCCUUACCUUGCCAUUGAGGAGACAGCCCCACCCUUUGUUUUUAAAUUGCCUUGAAGUCUCCCUGUUCACGGUGGGGAUUAAGAGAGAGACUUACAGACUGACUUUUUUUUUUAAAGACAGUGUUUUUCUCAUCAUUCCAUUGUGAUACUAAAAUGUGCUUAAUGGAAAUAAAAAAAAAGAACAUGCUUUCUUUGUUUAAA